GGCCAUUGAGUUUUCUUGGCGGAGACUGGUCGAGAUUUCAGUCAAACCCGGCCGCGCCGACUUCGUUUCUUCCGCCACCCGCGUGGCCGCAUAAAAGACAAACCGGAGCCUCUCGGGUCCCAGCGAAACGCGGGGCGCACACGUUGGCGCCCAUCUCACCGUCCAUCCGCUGCCCCUUCCAAAUCCAAAGCAGACCUCUCUUUGGUCUUUGGAGGGGGCCAAGGAGGGCACUUUUUGGUUAUUUAUAUGCCCAGUCGGACCGCUCUUGAUGCGCCGCCCUGCUUCUCCUCUCUAUUUCUUCGGGUCCCUGCUCUCGUCUUCCCCAAGUAGGCGGUUUGUCGGCCGAUCUCCUACCAGGAUCGGGAUUCGAGAGUUUUGGGGUGAUCUCUAGUCCUUUUCAGAGCAGAGAAGGGGCCAUCUUUUUCUCAAAAGACCCCCUUUUCCAUCUCUUUCCCUUUCGACCUCUCAAGUUUCUGAUUUCUAUUGCUUGCUCCUCCCAUAGUCCAGUCAUGGCCGAACCAUUGCUCAAUAAAGCGUCCGCGAGCCGGCUUCCCAGCUUCACACAAUCGGUGAAGCUCAAGUAUGUUAAACUCGGUUACCACUACCUCAUCACCCAUGCCAUGUACCUCUUCCUCACACCACUCCUCGUCCUUGUGGCUGCCCAGCUUUCUACCUUCUCCGUCCAAGACCUCCAUGACCUCUGGGAUCACCUCCGGUUUAACCUGGUCUCCGUGAUCCUCUGCUCCACGCUCCUCGUCUUCCUCUCCACCCUCUACCUCCUCACCCGCCCUCGGCCGGUCUAUCUUGUCAACUUCGCAUGCUACAAGCCGGAGGAGGCCCGGAGGUGCACCAGGCAAAUCUUUAUGGAGCGGUCUGCGCUGACGGGCUCCUUCACAGAAGAGAACCUCCAAUUCCAGCGUAAGAUCCUCGAAAGGUCAGGCCUUGGUGAGAACACGUACCUUCCGGAGGCGGUCCUCAAUGUCCCUCCCAAUCCCUCCAUGGCUGAGGCCAGGAAGGAAGCCAGGGCUGUGAUGUUUGGCGCCAUCGACGAACUUUUCGCCAAGACCAAUGUGAAGCCCAAGGACAUCGGGAUCUUGGUUGUGAAUUGUAGCUUGUUCAAUCCGACCCCCUCGCUUUCUGCCAUGGUGGUGAACCAUUACAAGCUUCGCGGGAACAUUCUGAGCUAUAACUUAGGUGGGAUGGGCUGCAGCGCAGGGCUGCUUUCCAUCGAUCUCGCCAAGGAUCUUCUUCAAGUUCACCCCAGUACCUAUGCCUUGGUCAUCAGCAUGGAGAACAUCACCUUGAACUGGUACUUCGGCAACAACCGCUCCAUGCUCGUGUCCAACUGCUUGUUCCGAAUGGGUGGGGCUGCAAUCCUUCUCUCCAACAGGAGUUCCGACCGCGGGCGCUCCAAGUACCAAUUGGUUCACACGGUUAGAACGCACAAAGGUGCUGAUGAUAAGUGCUUCAGCUGUGUCACCCAGGAAGAGGAUGCUGAUGGGAAAAUUGGUGUAUCUCUUUCGAAAGACCUGAUGGGAGUUGCUGGCGAUGCCUUGAAGACCAACAUCACGACGUUGGGUCCUCUUGUCUUACCCAUGUCCGAACAGUUGCUCUUCUUUGCUACAUUGGUGGGGAGGAAGAUCCUCAAGAUGAAGAAGAUUAGGCCCUACAUCCCUGACUUCAAGUUGGCCUUCGAACAUUUCUGCAUUCAUGCUGGGGGAAGGGCUGUGUUGGAUGAACUGGAGAAGAACUUGCAGCUUUCCGAGUGGCACAUGGAGCCUUCGAGGAUGACACUCUACAGAUUUGGAAACACUUCAAGUAGUUCCCUCUGGUACGAACUGGCAUACACUGAAGGGAAAGGAAGGGUUGCCAAAAGGGAUAGAAUUUGGCAGAUCGCAUUCGGAUCGGGAUUCAAGUGUAACAGUGCCGUAUGGAAGGCUUUGAAGACGAUCGAUCCUGCAGAGGAAAAGAACCCCUGGAUGGAUGAGAUCCACAACUUCCCAGUUGAGGUUCCAAGGGUAUCAGCAAUUUGAAUCAAUAGUCCUGCCGGGGAUGCGAGCUGCAAGUCCCUGACUGACGUCGGGUGAUGAAUCUGGUCUCAUAGCUUGCAAUAAUUUGUUAGGAUGAUCCUCUUAUUUUUUUUUGGUGCAGCUAUGCAGGAUGCGAUCACUGAUUCAAAAGCCUGGAUGAAUUUUAUCAUGUGGUUUAACUUAUGCUGGCUUGAGCCAUUGACUCUGCUUAAAUAUUAGUUGUUUGGUCUAGAAUUUUAAUACUUCGAUCAAAACUUGCAGCUGUGAGCAUGGUUGGAAUUUAUUUAUCUUAUAUUUUUCAGCCCACAGUUCUCGGAGUGUUUUUGUUGACGACUAGAUUUAUGCCAACAAUAUGAGGUCUAUGGCAGGUCGUUCAUAUAAAAGCUAAAUGCUUUGUCAACAUACUUUUCUUUGUGAUAUUGUCAUGCUCUUAGAUCC